AUGUCCUUAUUUUUAAACGCUCUAAAGGGCAACCAGGAAGUGUCCCAGGAGAAGCUAGAUGUGGCAGGCGUGCAAUUCGACGCGAUGUGCUCUACUUUUAACACUAUUCUUAGAACAUGUCUUGAGAAGUGUAUUCCACAUGAGGGGUUCGGUGAGCCUGACCUCACGAAGGGGGAACAGUGUUGCAUAGACAGAUGUGUGGCGAAGAUGCACUACAGCAACCGUCUUAUCGGUGCAUUUGUACAGACACGAGGGUUUGGACCAGAGAAUCAACUACGACAUUAUUCACGAUUUUUGCCAAAGGAGGUGGCCGAAGAGUCCAAGAAUUAG